UUUUGUUCGUUUACGCUGGGAUGGGAGCUUUAUUCUGUGUCACGGAUUUGUCCUCUCUUAUUUAAAAGCGACAAUUUUACCACGAAUACACGGUGUCAUGAACAAGAAGCGCACUCUGGUGGCAAAUUGCAUGUUCUUUGUUUUAUAAAAGAGGUUUUAACGAUGGAAGCCGGAGGACAAAGACGCAAAUGCGAUUUCUGGUGGAAGGCUUUGUGUUUCUUCUCGCAGCUUAGCAUCACGCUGCAGAUUUCAAGCCAAAUACGAUAUUCUGUGCCAGAGGAGGUACUUGAGGGAUAUACUGUGGGAAAUAUCGCAAAGGAUUUGGGUCUUGAUGCGAAUACUUUGGUGGAUAGACGGUUCCGUAUCGUCUCUGGAUCGAAAGAUUCUCUCUUUGAGGUAAAUCAAAACAAUGGCGAGUUGCAUGUCAGUAAGAAAAUUGAUAGAGAAGAGCUGUGUGAGGGAAACAGCGUAUGCUUGGUGAACUUAAAAGUCGCAGUUGAAAAUCCACUUGAAAUACAUUAUGUUGGAGUAGAAAUCACUGACGUGAAUGAUCACAGUCCUCGUUUCCCCGAGAAAGAGCAGCAUUUUAAAAUGGCUGAGAACACAAUUGAAGGUGCACGCUUCGAGCUCCAAAUUGCAAGAGAUCCAGACAUCGGAAGCAAUUCAAUUCGACAUUAUAAAUUAGCAAAAAAUAGCUUUUUUGAGCUGGAAAUGAGAGACGGCGACGAAGAGGAAAAGAAUCCGAUUUUAGUUUUGCUUAAACAUUUAGACAGAGAGAAAAAUUCCGAGCAUAGACUUGUGUUGACUGCAGUGGAUGGAGGCGUCCCCUCUAAGUCAGGUACUUUAAAUAUUACUAUUACUGUUCUUGACUCCAACGAUAACCGCCCUGUAUGUACUAAAGAUACAUAUUCAGUAACACUUCCAGAAAACACACCUAUAGGGACAGUAAUAGCAAGAGUAAACGCCACUGAUUCUGAUGAGGGUUUAAAUGGGGAGGUUAUAUACACACUAGGGAAAACUAGUAGGCGAAAAGUGCAUGAAAUAUUUAGCCUAGAUAGUAUAACUGGCGAAAUUAAUAUUAAAGAGCCAAUUGAUUUUGAAGAGAACGAGGUACAUAGACUUACAGUGCAGGCUACUGAUAAAGGACAGCCGCCGAUGACCACUGACUGCAGAGUAAUUAUUAAAAUCACCGACGAGAAUGAUAAUAACCCGGAGAUUGACGUCACGUCCCUUUCUAACAUCAUACCUGAGAACUCAAAACCCGGUACUGUGAUAUCUCUAAUUAGUGUAUCAGAUAAAGACUCUGGUGUUAAUGGGAAGGUUGUUUGUAGUCUUUCAGAUAAUGUUCCGUUCGAGUUAAAACCAUCUGUGCAGGAAAAUAUGUAUUCUUUAAUUACUAAAGGUGAGUUGGACAGGGAAGUUGUGGCAGAUUAUAAAAUCACGAUUAAAGCCAGUGAUCUCGGUCAGCCGUCUCUCUCCUCUUUUAAAACUGUUACUGUGCAGGUGGCUGAUGUUAAUGACAAUAAACCAGAGUUUGACAGAAAUCCCCUUGAGCUGUAUUUAGUGGAAAACAACACGCCUGGUGCGUCAGUAUUCUCCGUGAGCGCGUCAGAUAAAGAUCUAAACGAAAAUGCUGCGAUAUCCUAUCAGAUAGUUAGAGGAAAUGGUACAGAGAGUGACAUGUCUUCCUUUCUCAGUAUUAACCAUGAAAGUGGAGUCAUCAAUGCGCUGAAAAGUUUUGAUUUUGAAGCCAUUAAGAAGUUUCAGUUCCACAUACUCGCCACAGACUCUGGAAGUCCAUCUCUAAGCAGUAACGUGACAGUGAACGUGUUUAUUCUGGAUCAGAACGACAACGUUCCAGUGAUCUUAUAUCCAGUCAGCGCUAACGGUUCUGCUGAGGGUGUGGAAGAGAUUCCCCGUAAUGUGAACGCAGGUCAUUUGGUGACUAAAGUCAGAGCCUAUGACGCAGAUAUAGGAUACAACGGCUGGUUAUUAUUCUCACUGCAGGAAGUUAGUGAGCACAGUCUCUUUGCUUUGGACCGCUAUACAGGACAGAUAAGGACCCUUCGCUCAUUCACAGAAACAGACGAGGCCCAGCAUAAACUGGUCAUACUGGUCAAAGACAAUGGGAACGUUUCCCUCUCAGCAACAGCGACUGUGAUUGUCAAAGUUGUGGAGCCCAAAGAGGCUUUUGCAGCUUCUGAUGUUAAAAACGCAGAGAAAGACGAGGAGGAAAACAACGUGACAUUUUAUUUGAUCAUCACUUUGGGCUCGGUUUCGGUGCUUUUCGUCAUCAGCAUCAUCGUGUUGAUUGUAAUGCAGUGCUCCAAAUCUACAGACUAUUCGUCCAAGUAUUUACAGGACACAAAUUAUGACGGGACUCUGUGUCACAGCAUCCAGUACAGAUCUGGAGACAAACGCUACAUGUUAGUUGGACCCAGAAUGAGUAUCGGCUCUACUAUAGCACCAGGCAGUAAUAGGAAUACUCUAGUCAUACCAGAUCGCAGGAGGAGAGACUCUGGAGAGGUAAGCGCCCUUUCCUUGGUACGAAGUCUUAAGCUGUGA